GAACAUACCUAUCACUUCAUCAAUUAUUUUUAUUUUUUAAAAGGAAAUGUUGAUGUGAAAAACGAGCUGAACCCCUGUUUUCUGCUGAACAGCAGUCGCAGGAGACCGAUCUUCUCUCCUUUCCACAAACCGCAAAAAUCAAGCCAAUGGGAACUCCUUUCACCACUUUCUCUCUCUUACUUUCAGCCUUCUUCCUCAUAAUCCUUCCACUUUCUCAAUCUAUUCCCUUCGUCGUGUUCCAUGGUAUUGGAGACCAGUGUUCCAAUCGAGGAGUUACUCAAUUCACUGAGCUCUUAGGCAAUUGGUCCAGCUCUAAAGGUUAUUGCAUAGAAAUUGGAAAUGGGUCUUGGGAUUCUUGGGUUCUGCCCCUUGCAGAACAGACGGAGAUUGCCUGUGUAAAGGUGAAGGAAAUUGAAGAACUAAAAGAGGGUUAUAACAUUGUUAGUCUUUCCCAGGGGAACUUAAUAGCUCGAGGGGUUAUUGAGUUCUGUGAAGGAGGGCCUCCAGUCAAGAAUUUUAUCUCUUUAGCAGGGCCUCAUGCUGGUACUGCUUCAGUACCGCUUUGUGGAAGAGGUUUUAUAUGUAUUCUUGUGGACACCCUCAUCAAGUCAGAAAUCUAUUCUGAUUACGUUCAGGAACAUUUGGCUCCAGCUGGCUUUCUCAAAAUCCCUACUGAUAUUGAGGACUACUUAAAAGGAUGCAGGUUUCUCCCAAAGCUCAACAAUGAGAUUCCCAAUGAGAGAAACUCUACCUACAAAGAGAGAUUUAGUAGUUUGCAGAAUUUAGUUCUUAUCAUGUUUGAGCACGAUACCGUAUUGAUACCGAAAGAAACCUCCUGGUUUGGAUACUAUCCUGAUGGUUCCUUCAGAACAAUUUUGGCACCUCAAGAGACAGCCCUCUAUGUCGAAGAUUGGAUCGGUCUCAAGACAUUGGAUGAUGCUGGGAAAGUGAAAUUCAUAAGUGUUCCUGGAAAUCACCUCGGCAUCUCAAAAAGCGACAUGCGAAAGUACAUAGUUCCAUAUUUAGGAGAUGAAAAUUCACCAAAAAUCACAAAAAAAUUACCUUAUGAGAGGAUACCAUCCUUGAGGAAACUGAUUAUGGGAUAGAGGUAUUCAUCAGUGUGAACUGUGAGUUGACUGAUGAGAUUGAUGUAUCAUGGUUAAGACUAUUGUGGUCAUUUGAUGUUUGUGGGACAUGGAGUAUAUGUAUGAAUGGUCCAUAACAUUUUACCGCAUUUUUUCAUUGAAAUUGAGAACCGAUUCACCGA